GCCUUGAGCAAGCGCAGAUCUGCAGAUAACCCCUGAGAGCGUCAGCUGUGCGGGAUUUAAACGUGAGAGCCGGAGAACGACCACGAGGCUUAUGCAGAGACGACACAUUGGGUCAUGGAGUGGAAGAGUAACCUGAGACGCACCCAGUCACUGAGGAGCAUCCCCUCGGUGCGUGAGAAGCCCACCUGGACACAGGCAGGGGUGCGGGACAACACAACAUCUGUAUCUCAGCUAGUUACCAGGUAUCAAACAACAGUGGAAGUAAGCACAGCUAUUCAAGAAACCUCGCUCAAUAAUGGUGAAGCAAUGCCAAAGCAGGUGUUCAAAGAGAUAACACCAUCUCUUCUGGAGAGUAAAGAGACUCAUCUGGAAUCUCGGAUGAGGAGAAACGAGGCGAGGGACAAAACCAAUUUGAUCCGCAGUAAGUCUAUGGGGAGCCUUCAAAGCAGCGCUGGGUCCAUUGGGGCCCUGAAGGCUAUGUUUGAGUCAAAGGCAGCCACACCAAACAAGAUGAAGAGCAGUUUCAGAGCUGGAAGUCUCACGACACCUCACAAGGCAGCGGGCAUUAUGCCAGUGGUGAAUGGAGAGGAUGAAGAGGCGAAGAGCUCUGCAGUGCAACCGACAGUCCCAAUCCCUGCUGAUGGUCCAGUCAAUGAGGCUAAAACUGGUGCAAAAGAUCAUGUGAUUCGAAAGGUGGGGCAUCAGACCCCAAAGGAGAGGAGAAAAACAAUAGGGGGUAUUGAUUUUGAAACAAUCGCCUCCUCUCAAGCUGAUGAAAAGAGGAGAACAAUUGCAGAUUUCAGAGACAGCUCCUUCAUACAAACCAAGGAGAAACUGAGUGUCUCGGUCAAAGCAAUGUCCGCUCUCUAUCUGUCCAAGGUGGUUCCUCAGGGUUCAACACACAGCUCUUUAAAACCGGCACGAGGUCAAUUAUCUGAAUCUGAGAAAAGAGUCAAACCAGCCAAGAUGGCGGAGGACUACCAAAAAGGGAAAGAUGACCUCUCUCCACCUUCUUCAGCCACACAUCAGCCACGACCAGAAGACAUCUCUGGGGAACAUUUCCCAAAGUCCAUGCCUUCCCAACUUUUGAAAGAAAAGCUACACCAACAGCGGCAGAAAUGUGAGCUGAGAAGGCUCCUGAAGCACACUCACCCAGAGCUGAAGAUGUUAGAUGAAGUUGUGGAUGAAGAGUUUGCUGAGGUUUUGCGCUCUGAGACUGGGCUGACAGCUGGUGAAACUGGAUACGAGGGAGAGGUCUUUUCAAGACGCUUGAUAUUUGAGAACUGUGCACUUAGUAACAAAGUAUCUUGUUCCACCUCUAAGAUGCACAAGGCGGAGGGAAUGGUUAAAAGAGACGAUGUCAGUAAAACAUUAGCUGUGUUUAAGGAACAUGAAGAGAGUCCUUGUAAUGAAAGUGAUAAAGGGAUCGUGGAGGAUGAGAAAACGCUUGGGUCUAGUCCAGAACCUAAUAGAGAGUGUGAGGAGGAGAUGAUAAAAGUAGAUGUUAAGGCUACUAAAAGGUUUUUUGAGAGUAAAUCUAUGAACACAUCCAAACCUUAUCCAGAUAGGUUUGAGGCAAAAGUUUCUCUUUCUGGCGAUGAGACAGAGGCCGUCCAAAAACAAAAACCGGAGUUAGAAAUGUGUACCAAAGAUAAUCUGCAUAUCAAAAACAAAAGUAAUGCAUGUUCCACAAGUAUUGGCAUGACAGAUCAGACCAAUGAACAAAGCACAUGUGUUCAUACCAUAGGUCAAAGCUCUGACUAUGAGUUUUCUGGUAGGGAAGAAGUUUCUACAAGUGAAACAGUCUUUGAGGGUGAGCCUACAAGCCGUUCUGAUCCAGAAGAAUGUAGGAAAAUAAUCAAAACGAGUGCGUCUCUUUUCCAAAACAACCCAUUUAUUCCAACAAACAUAGAAAGAGAGAGUUCCUUUCUGCAAACUUCCAAAAGCCCCGCAGAAAACUCUGGGGCAACUCAGGACUAUCCAAUAGCUAAUGUCAAGAACAGAGCCCACUUGUUUGAAUCAAUGCCAUUUGACAAAAUUAGACAUCAGGACAAGGACGAAAUUGAGGCGAUGGUGGAGAACAUCAAGGAAACCCUGAAUUCUCUUUAUCAUGUCAAUGCCAUACAUUCAGAUGGCUCAAUCAUUGAGGUGAACGAGACAAUGAUAGCCAAAAAGGCCAAAUUCACACUAUCGGAGAGUGGGCCUAAAAUAAAAUAUGACGAGGUGGCUGAAGGUGGUGUACAAAAUUUCCUACUCCAGUUGCUACCACGAGCAAACCUAAAGUCUCAAAUCACUUACCUAAAGGAGGGUAGUAAAGGAAGCAUGGCAGCCACAGUGGUGAAUAUACCCGUGCACCAGCAUCACUUCACUACCAACCAAGAAACAGAGUUUAAAACUGCCAAUGUGCUUCAGCUUCUUGAGGAUAUUCUCAAUCAAGAUAACUCUCUGCGGAAGGGAGUGAUUAUCCAGGAGGAUGCGCACAGAUGUGCUGAAGUAGUUGUUUACUCCCUCUACAACUAUUUUGAUGAGGUUGAUGUGAAAUGUUAUUGUCUUCCACAAGGUGCAGAAUAUGAUGAACCAGAGCUAGGAAGAGGUGAUGUGAGUAAAGCAAACUAUCAAGAUCUAGGAAAAGGGGUUACUGAAUCAACCAUAAGCCUUCUAGAAAAUCCAAAAGAUCAAACUUACCAAGGAUCCAUGAGGCCUGAAAUCACAGUUAAAGGGAACGUAAAACUGUUUAAGAGUUGUAUUGAAAAGGGAGAUUUAGAGUAUUUGAAAACUCUUCAGGAUGAACCAACAGUGCAAGAACAAGACCUCCCUCCUAACCAAAAUGUGGCUGGACAAGGCCUUGGACUUCAUUAUCAACAUAGAGGAGAUCAAUUUGAGGAGAGUAAUUCAGAAUGGGUCCCAGUGGAUAUAAAGAGACUUAAAAACAUUUUCUCUGGAGAACAAAGACCCACCCAACUAAAGAAAAAUGUAUGUGAAAAUUUUGCUCUACGCAAUGCUAUGCUUGCACCACAGGGAUCAUACAUACAACUUGAGACACAGGACGAUGAAAGGGUCCACCAGGCUGAAUUAGUCGAGGUGGUAAAUGACAACGACGAGAUCUCUAACCUCCAAACUGCAAUCCAUAGUCUCCGACAGGCCACAAUUGAGGCCAAAUCUUUGCAUCACUCAUCACAAGAAAAACAGAAAAUACUUGCCCAAGAACCUGUGUUCUCAGUUACCUCAGCUCAUGUUAAACACUUAAGAACAGAGGCAGAAAUACCUCAAGAAAAUGAGGACCACAAAAGGGACGAGUGCACUGAGACAACAUGGCAUGAACUCCCAUCAACCUCAAAACAUAAAUCAGACUGCAAACAUGAGAAUACAGAGACAUGCUGUGAAGACAAUAAUUCUGAAGAAGUACAAACUAUUGAGACAUGCAGCAAAAUGGAUCAGAAAGGCCCAGAGGUGUUCCAGAAAUACUUUCAAGCUCCUAUGGUGUCUGUACAUAGUGCAGAAACAACCAAUGCACAGCCAGACGAUGAGGAAGUUGUCUUUCAGGGUAAACUUCAAGCAGCUUUGGAUUCCCUGGAGAGAUCCAAUAUCAAUGUCAGUAGAGGAGAUUUCAGAGCAGCUAUGAUAUACAGAAGCGUGUCCAAACCUCACAAAGAAAGAUCACAAAAUGUGGAUGCGACGUCUGUGCAUAAGCUGACUAAGGAGAAGUUUUGUCAUGUGACUGAACCUAAAUUCACUCAAGCACCACUGAGACAUGAGGUCCCCAAAGAACAAGUGACUGCAGCAAAUGCGGUGCGACCAAGCCAAUGCGAAACUCUAAAUAAACCAGCUACAAGCGCUGUCUCUGAGAAAAGCAGAAGGUCUGUUGGUCAAAAACCAGCCAUCCCACCUAAACCUGAGCAUUUAAUUGUGAAACAAAGAGACAAUCAAUCAAUCAACACAAAGAAUAUUGAGCCAACCCAAACUAAUACUGUGAAACCCAAAGAAAUAGUUCCUCAACUAAUGGCAAUGACGUCGAUGUCAUGCAAGGAUGAACUUAAGCAAGGCCUGUUCAAAAUUAACACUGGUGCAGACUCAGGGCCUGAUUUAGUGGAACAUCAAAAAAAUAAUCUUUUUGAUGAAGCUACUCAGAUGGAUAACACAAUUGAAGUAACGCAUCAAGUCCCAGGUUCAGUCGUCAUCUUAGAAAAUCAUAACUCAGAUAAGAAUAUCAUUAAGCAACAACAGGAAAUUAAAGCCACAGCAGAUGAGAAAAGCCCCCAGGAUUUCCCAAUCGAAGAGGAUAUGAAUGAAACAGAUGUAAGCCAUGUAGAUUUUCAUGAAGCAUCUAAGAAAUUUGGAGGUAAAAAGGCAUUUUCAACAAAAAAUGCUCCUGUAAAGCCAAAAAGAGUAAAAAUUACCCAGCCUGAACACAUGUCUGAAGAUAAUUCCUCAAUUUUCAUACAUGUGAUUGAGGAAGCAGAACCAACUCUUACGGUUCCAUCGUGCAAUAAACUAAACUUCUGUAGACAAGCUGCUGACGGCAAUGACAAGCACGAAAAAGAAAUUAAAAAAGAAGGCAAAGUUGAGAUGAGGGGAAAGAAAGGACGAACCGAGACAGAUGACGAGCGCCGACAGCGUCUGUCAGUUCACAUGGAUGAGAUCUUAAGAGGGAACAUAACGGCAGCCAUGGACAUUUUUGACCAUUUGCGAAAGCAGGAGGAACUUCAGAGUAUUCUUAGUCGAGUUGAGGAAGUUGAACAGGAUACGAGCGAGGUUGAUGUAAGGUCUCUGAGGGGAGUCUUUGAGAACGACCCUGACUGGAUUGUCAGCUCGGACAGAAAGAAACAAAAAAAGACAAAAGUAGAAAACAAAGAAGAGAGGUUGCCAUUAACAAGAGACAACCGUGAAGGCAAGUCCCCAAUGGCACAUGUUUUUGGAGAUCUUGAGCGAGCCAGUGAAGAAAUCAUGAAUCUGAAAGAACAGACUUUAGCCAGACUUAUGGACAUAGAGGAAGCCAUAAAGAAAGCUCUUUAUUCGGUCUCUACCUUGAAGUCUGACUCAGACAUUGCUGGUUUAUCAUGCCUGUUCAAAGAGUCAUUAGGGACAGAGCAAGGAUCCCCAUCCUUUGGUAGUAUUAGCAAAAUUAGCAUUGGGUCAAGCAGAACAAAAUCACUGCAGACAUUGGAAAACCCUACAAUACAGGGCGAUUUAGCUCUGCCAGUUAGCCAAGCUACAAUGAUUGAAGUAGCCCCCGCAAAACAACAAGCAAGUCCUCCAUCUUCACCUGCCUUCAUCUCCAUCCAGUCAGCUGCUAAAAAAACGGAUGAAAAAUAUUUGUCUCCAACAAAGACCAUAAUCUGCCAGACAUGUCAGCACAACCCAAAGACAGAGGACAAAUUCCGGACAACUAAAACGCUGACAUGCAACAGUCCUGCUCAAAACAGAAAAAGGGAUCCCAGAAAAGCAGGUCAAAAACAAUCCUCUUACGACCCAAAACUAGAGCUCAGUGUACUCGAGGUGCAGACUGACUCUGAGGGGAACAGUAUUAUGGGCACUAAAACAGUCACAGAGAAUUAUGAGAGGACUGAUGACCUUGGGAACCGGUUUUACUCAUCCACAACUUCCACUGUUGUCACUGCUCAACCAGAUACUACAACAUCCACAAGUCCGGCAGUGGUCAGUCCGGCUAUCUAUCAGGCCACCGAGUACCCAGAAGUUCUGCUUCCGCUCAAUCAGAAAUCUUAAAUCAUUCACAGACUGGUCCAGUUUGUUACCUAUUAGCUAAGUGUUUUUAUAUAUUGAAUAUGAAUUUGUUACGGGGAGAAAGUGGAACUACAAUUCCAGGAGGGCAACCCCAGAAACAUGUGGCAAGGUCUAACAACUUUGAGGAUCGUCACAAACCUCAAGGACCUGGGAUUAAACACCUCACUGUGCAUGUGGAUCCUCAGCUUCCUGACAUGCACACCCUAUGUGGUAAGGGUGGGCAGACACACCUCUUCCACCCUAAAUAUUGACACUGGAGCACCCCAGGGCUGUGUUUUGAGUCCCCUGCUGUACUCCCUCUACACGCACGACUGUGUGGCCACUUUUGACUCCAACACCCUCGUCA